AUGUCUACCCGUCGACGCUGCAACUUGUGCUCAAGCAUUCGCAGCCUGCAGCCCCCUUCCCUUGCUCCGUUUGUCCUCCCACACCUGUUGCUUGGUCUUCCGACUGCGCUCCAUGCGUGGCAUUUUGCCUUCUUCCCACUCUGCCAUCCCUCGUUGCAAGCCGAUUGCUUGCUGGUUGAUUCGCAGUGGUCAUCUACUAACUUCGCCCAGGAACGGCCAUGUACGAGAUGCAUCAAGCGCAACAUCGGCCACCUUUGCCACGAUGAGCCGCGCGAAUCCGAGUCAAAAAAGUCCAAGAGCACCGUCGGCGACACCUCCGUGGCUGACGAAUCUGAGGACUUUACGGAUCCUCGCGCCUCGUUGAGCACGGCGACUGGCAAUCCGAGUGCCAGCACCAGCGCAAACGCAGCCAUGCGGCCGCCGUCUUUCGACACGGGACGCGAGGCGGCCAAGAAUGCCUUUGCUGCGGCUAGCGUUCUGGGCCAGGCCAACCCAAUGCAGCUUGUGCGACCCAGUGCUGUUUCUGGAAUCCAGCCCAAUCUCAUGUCUUCCAACGACGUGAGCCAGUUUGGUGGGUUUUCCGAUGCGUGGUUGACUGCACAGAACCAUUUCCACGAUAUGCACGACCAUUCGGGCUACAUGAUUGUUCCCGAGGUCAGCGGCGAGCUGCAGUUCCUCAACGAUUUCCUCCAGAGCAGCAUGGUCGAUGAUGCUGCCUAUGUAUCAGAUGACCAGAGCAACCAAAUGCUGCGCAGCGCGCCGCCCGACGUUGCCACAAAUUUCUUGACCAGCGGCACUGGCAGCAGUGCAACCGCAACCGCAAGCGGAAGUGGAAGCGGAAGCGGAAACGAUGGAAAAGCAAACGUACAAAACGACAACAGUGCGGCUCUGGCUGGCAAUGUCCUCCUCCCAGCGAGCGCUCUGGGAACCGGCGCCGGCGCAGGGUCUAUGCUCCCGCCCGACCGGGCCACGUCCGUUGCUGCUGCCGCUGCCUCGGGUGCCCUCGACAUAAGCAGCCUCACAGAUGCGCCUUCAACACGCUCUGCCGCUGUGGAUAAGGCACGCGAAUACUACUUCCAGGCCGCCGACCCAUCCGGCAACGACACCCCCGAGCAACGCAUGUCCGACCUGCUCAAAGCAAAAUACGACGCCGGUCUGUUAAAACCGUUCAACUACGUCAAGGGCUAUGCACGCCUGCACACCUACCUCGACAGCCAUAAGAUCGCGCCAGCGUCGAAGCAAAAGAUUCUGCGCCAGCUCGACCGCUUCCGGCCCAAGUUCCGCGAGAAGAUGCAGGCCCUGACCGACUUGGAGCUCAUCUACGUCGAGAUGUGGUUUGAGAAGACGCUCAUGGAAUACGACCGUGUUUUUGCGAGUAUGGCUGUCCCGGCAUGCUGCUGGCGCCGGACAGGCGAAAUCUUCCGUGGGAACAAGGAAAUGGCCGAGCUGAUCCACGUGCCUGUGGAGAGUCUGCGUGACGGCAAAAUCGCUUUGCACGAGAUCCUGACGGAAGAGUCCAUGGUCCGCUACUGGGAAGAGUUUGGCACCAUUGCGUUUGACUCGGCCCACGAUACGCUCCUAACGGCUUGCUCCAUCAAGAACCCCAGCGAUUCGUCCAAAGAUCCAAUCAUCAAAUGCUGCUUCUCACUCAAGAUCCGGCGUGACGACCAUAAAAUCCAAUGUUAUCAAAUAUACUAA